ACCUGUCAGAAAUUUAUUUUUCGUUUCGUAAAAACGUGAAAUUUUAUGCGCGAUGAUACCGACCAGUACUGUCAGUCGACCGGUCGAAAUCGGCCUCCGUCUUACUGGAAUAUGGCCGAAUUCUUCAAUUUUCUUUAAACUGCUUUGGACGUUGGUGAUGGGAAUCGGGCUGAUCUUCCAGUAUCAUUAUCUUCUGACACACUUCAGCACCAAGCAGCUGCCAAAUCUGAUAGACGGUUUAAGCACCACCUUGCCGCACAGCCUCCUUUUCUUUAAGCUGAUUGUCCUGUGGGUCAAUAACCGAAUAUUCGACGAUGUCCUGAUGGCGAUGUCCAACGACUGGCACGAGUAUUCCAACAUGUACGCCAUGAUCGACAAAGCAGUUCUCGCACAUCGCUGCUCGAAAUUGAUCAUCGGUGUUUACUCGACAGCAGUGUUGCUUUACAGUACCGCGUCCAUCAACUUUAGUACAAAGACCGACGACGAUUGCCGGGAGUUAUUGAUAAAGAUGGAAUUGCCCUUCGAAUUCUGUGAAUCGCCAAUGUACGAGAUCGUGAUGUGGGUGCAAUUCUUUCGUCUAAUGGCGGUGGCCUCUGCCAUAGGUAUGCUGGAUGCAUUGUUGGUUACAUUGAUGCUGCACAUUGGCGGGCAAAUAGACAUCAUGCAACAGGAAAUGGAAGAGAUUUGCCACAAGGAUGACAAAAAUGAUUUACCCAUUACUGUUGUGAGAUCCUUAAUUAAUAAGCAUCAUAAAAUUAUCGCUUUCUCGGAGAGCAUCGAAAGACUCUUCUCUCAAAUUGCGCUGAUGCAAUUUUUCUCGAAUACAAUAAUCAUAUGUUGCAUCGGAUUCCUCAUAGUAACCUCGUUGGGCACAGAUGAAGGGAUUUUGAUGUUAGUGAAGACCCUGUUUUUUUACAUUGCCAUCACUUUGGAGGCGUUUAUCUUCUGCUUCGCCGGUGAAUAUUUGAGUAAUAAGAGCAAAACGAUCGGCGAUGCUGUAUAUAAAUCUGUUUGGUAUACUCUCAAGCCUCGGGAUUCCCGCGUUCUAUUAUUUGUGAUAAUGAGAUCGCAAAGACGGCUGACCAUCACUGCAGGGAAGUUUAUGGAUUUAUCGCUGGAAGGAUUCGCAAAUAGUUUGAAAGCCUCCGCGUCAUAUAUAUCUGUUUUAUACGCAAUGUAUUGAUGUCGAAAAAAUUUACUGUGUAUUCUUGCUGCGA